CUGGCCUUUCUGACCGUUGACCCGGAAGCGCUUAUGGCAGCCGGUCGGGAUUCGGGAGCCCAUCAUGGUCUUCCUUACGACGCGGCUCUGGCUGCGGAACCGCCUCACUGAUCGCUAUUGGCGGGUUCAGGAGGUGCUGAAACACGCUCAGCAUUUUCGGGGAAGGAAGAAUCGCUGCUACCGCCUGGCCGUCAGGGCGGUGACCAGAGCCUUUGUUAAGUGUACGAAGUCCCGCAGACUUAAGAAGCGGAACCUGAGGACCCUCUGGAUUAAUCGAAUUACAGCUGCCUCCCAGGAACAUGGCUUAAAGUACCCAGCAUUCAUUGUCAACUUAAUUAAGUGCCAGGUGGAGCUCAACAGGAAAGUACUUGUGGACCUGGCCAUCUAUGAACCAAAGACGUUUAAAUCUUUGGCUGCUUUGGCUAAGCGGAGGCAACAGGAGGGAUUUGCUGCAGCUUUGGGGGAUGGAAAGGAGCCUGAAGGUAUCUUUUCCAGAGUGGUGCAGUACCACUGAAGGCUGCAGUGCUAUAGACUGUUAUAAACAAGAUAGGACCAAAAGGACUGUCACCAGUAAGUCUGAUUUGUAUUUAUUUACAUUUUAGUAACAGGCCUGAGCCGACAGGUCUUUACUCAGUGACACAGCCCCAAACUGUCCUGUAAAGAUUGUACAAAUAAAGCCUUUGCAGUGUUGAA